AAUUCCCACUCACUGACCUCUGAUGUAAUUGCUGUCCAAUAGUGGCUGGAGGUUGCUGACCUGCUCCAGAAGGGUGGCCUGGGAAAGCAGGAAGUCCUCCUCUGUGGGGAGAAACAAGUGCAUGAGUUUGAGACUGAAGGCACAUACCAGGGAUGCAAACUGGAAGGCCCAAAAAGGCGAAUGACAACACCACCACGGCCCUCUUCCUUCAUCGCAGCUGGUUACAAACGCUCUAGAAAAGUGGUUUGUAGCUAGAGAAUACUUUAUGUGCCACUGGGAGCGACAGGAGGAUGGCAGAUGACAAGGACGUGCUGCGGGAUGUUUGGUUUGGUCGGAUUCCGACCUGCUUCACACUUUACCAGGAUGAGAUCACAGAGAGAGAGGCCGAACCCUUCUAUCUCCUCCUGCCAAGGGUGAGCUUCCUGACUCUGGUCACAGACAAGGUGAAAAAGCACUUCCUGAAGGUCAUGAAGGCCGAAGACGUAGAGGAGAUGUGGUUUGAUUUCGAAGGAACGCCACUCAAAUGGCACUAUCCAAUUGGAUUGCUGUUCGACCUACAUGCCUCCAACACUGCCCUGCCAUGGAGUAUCACUGUGCACUUUAAGAAUUUCCCAGAGCGUGACCUGCUCCACUGCCCCUCUAACUCUGUGAUCGAGGCCCACUUCAUGUCCAGCAUCAAGGAGGCGGAUGCCCUCAAACACAAGAGCCAGGUCAUCAACGACAUGCAGAAGAAAGACCACAAGCAGCUGUGGAUGGGCCUGCAGAACGAUAAGUUUGACCAGUUCUGGGCCAUGAACCGUAAGCUGAUGGAAUACCCCACAGAGGAGGGAGGCUUUCGCUACAUCCCCUUCAGGAUAUACCUGACGAUGAGUGACAGGCCAUUCAUCCAGAAGUUGUUUCGCCCCAUCUCGUCCGACGGCUACACACACACGCUGGGGGAUCUGCUGAAGGAGGUGUACCCCGUGGCCAUAUCCAGAGACGACGAGUCCAAGCGCUACCAGGUGGUGAUCCAUGGGAUUGAGCCGCUGCUGGAGACCCCGUUGCAGUGGCUGAGCGAGCACCUCAGUCACCCUGAUAACUUCCUCCACAUCAGCGUCAUACCCGUGCCUAGCGACUGACACCCCUGGCAAAGUUAGGUAACGCCCGGCAACUAGGAACGUUGCAAAGGACUCUUUAGAGAGCAGGAAAACCCACGUGACUGGGGGGGGGGACGAAGAGUGACGCAAUCGCAGUGUGACGUCAUCUCAUUCAACUUGUCUCAAAAAGGAGCCCACCAGGAGAAAAUGUACCCUUCUGUUCUCCAUCUCUUUUCCUCUCCUCCUUCGCCCUCUGUCUCUUUUGGACCAUUAUGUGUUUGGGGAAAGUUGUUCCGCCCAAAAUGUGGAAGGUCAAGCUGAAAGAGGGCUGAUCCGUUUAAAAAGAGAGGCAGCAAGAUGCCGCUUACCACCUCCUCUCUCCUCUUCCUCCUCCUAGAGAAAGAGACAGAGCCCCGACAUGCCUAGUGGGACCCUCUACAAACAGAAGUUGCCUUAGUUUUCCCGAGUCACAUCAUAUUCUACACGGCUGGACGUUCAUAAAGUCACACUGAGUUUACAUGGUUGUACUGUAUGCCACUGAGGAGUGAAAGGGGAUUUUUAAAGACACUUCUUCAUUCUUUCUCUCACUGUAUUUUUAUAUUCUCCAUCUUUCUCACUGUAUUUCCUGUCUCUUUCUUCUCUCUCUUCCUCCCUCCCCCUCUUUCUUCUCUCUCUUUCUCCCUCCCCCUCUUUCUUCUCUCUCUUUCUCCCUCCCCCUCUUUCUUCUCUCUCUUUCUCCCUCCCCCUCUUUCUUCUCUCUCUUUCUCCCUCCCCCUCUUUCUUCUCUCUCUUUCUCCCUCCCCCUCUUUCUUCUCUCUCUUUCUCCCUCCCCCUCUUUCUUCUCUCUCUUUCUCCCUCCCCCUCUUUCUUCUCUCUCUUUCUCCCUCCCCCUCUUUCUUCUCUCUCUUUCUCCCUCCCCCUCUUUCUUCUCUCUCUUUCUCCCUCCCCCUCUUUCUUCUCUCUCUUUCUCCCUCCCCCUCUUUCUUCUCUCUCUUUCUCCCUCCCCCUCUUUCUUCUCUCUCUUCUCCCUCCCCUCUUUCUUCUCUCUCUUUCUCCCUCCCCCUCUUUCUUCUCUCUCUUUCUCCCUCCCCCUCUUUCUUCUCUCUCUUUCUCCCUCACCCUCUUUCUUCUCUCUCUUUCUCCCUCCCCCCCUCUUUCUUCUCUCUCUUUCUCCCUCCCCCUCUUUCUUCUCUCUCUUUCUCCCUCCCCCCUCUUUCUUCUCUCUCUUUCUCCCUCCCCCCUCUUUCUUCUCUCUCUUCUCCCUCCCCCCUCCUUCUUCUCUCUCUUUCUCCCUCCCCCCUCUUUCUUCUCUCAUGUCAUUUACUGCCGAUGCUCUCUCAUCUCCAUAGCUAAUUUAUCUAUGGAAUUCCUUCUGCUACUAAUGAGACCACUAAACUUCUCUCCAUGCCAAGCCUUGGGGUUGUGUGUGUUGUAAUUAGAGACAUAAUUUAAAGUCUCCUAGAGGGCGUGAGGAAGGUGUGAAGAGUACGAAUGGAAUCAUGUCUGUCUUCUCUCUUCUGUGUCAAAGGGAAACGGAGCCAGACAUGUAAUUUGGAGUGUGUUGCAGUCGAAGGGGAGGGAAACUUGUGAUGUCACACCUGUCUUAGCACGUCGGGCUUCCUCAUUCGCUACCUAGGAUGAUGGGAGAGGGGAGUUUACAGCUCUGAGUCAGGGCUGGGCUCGACGUGGGGUACUGUCUGAGGGGUAGGCAUGUGCAUACGUGUGUGUAUGUACAUGUCUGUAUGGGUACUUUUUACACAUUUUGUUGUUACAAAGUGGGAUUAAAAUGCAUUUCAUUGUCAUUUUUGGUCAAUGAUCGACACAAAACACUCUGUAAUGUCAAAGUGGAAGACAAAUUGUAACAUUUAUUAACAAAAUACAAAAAAUGUAACUACUAUAUCUUGAUAAGUAUUCUCCCCUCUGAGACUACAUGUUAGAAAUGCCUUUGGCAGUGAUUACAGCUGUGAGUCUUUUUUGGCUAAGUAUAUAAGAGCUUUACACACCUGAAUUGUACACUAUUUGCCCAUUAUUCUUUAAAAAAUUAUUCAAGCUCUGUCAAGUUGGUUGUUGAUCAUUGCUAGAAAGCCAUUUUUAUGCCUUGCCAUACAUUUUCAAGCAGAUUUAAGUCAAAACUGUAACUAGGCCACUCAAGAACAUUCACUGUGUUCUUGGUAAACAACUCCAGUGUAGAUUUGUCUUUGUGUUUUAGGUUCUUGUUCUGCUGAAAGGUGAGUUUGUCUCCCAGUGUCUGUUGGAAAGAACAUUGAAUCAGAUUUAGCCUGUGCUUAGCUGUAUUCUGUUUCUUUUAUCCUAAAAAACUCCCUAGUCCUUGCUGAUGACAAGCAAACCCAUAACAUGAUACAGCCACCACAAUGCUUGAAAAUAUGGUGAUUGGUACUCAGUACUGUGUUGUAUUGGAUUUGCCCCAAACAUAACGCUUUGUAUUCAGGACAAAAAGUACAUUUCUUUGCCACAUUUUUUGCAGUAUUAUUUAAGUGCCUUGUUGCAAACAGGAUGCGUGUUUUAGAAUAUUUUUUAUUCUGUACAUGCUUCUUUGCACUCUGUCAUUUAGGUUAGUAUUGUAGGAGUAAUUACAAUGUUGUUGAUCCAUCCUCAUUUUUCUCAUAUCACAACCAUUAAACUCUGUAACUGUUUUUAAAUCACCAUUGGCCUCAUGGUGAAAUCCCUGAACAGCUUCCUUCCUCUCCGGCAAUUGAGUUAGGAAGGACACCUGUAUCUUUGUAGUGAUUGGGUGUAUUGAUACACCCUCCAAAGCCUAAUUAAUAACUUCACCAUUCUCAAAGGGAUAUUCAGCGUCUACUGUACCAAUCAGUGCCCUUCUUUGCGCGGCAUUGAAAAACCUCCCUGUCUUUGUGGUUGAAUUUCUGCUUAAAAUGUCCUACUCGAUUGAGGGACAUUAGCUAAAUGUAUGUGGGGUACAGAGAUGGGGGUAGUCAUUCAAAAAUCAUGUUAACCAUUAUUACUGAACACAGAAUAAGUCCAACUUAUGUGACUUGUUAGGCUAAUUUUUAACUCCUGAACUUAUUUAGGCUUGUCAUAACAAAGGGGUUGAAUACUUAUUGACUCAAAACAUUUGAUAUUUAAAAAAAAAAUAUAUAUAUAUAUAUAUAUAUAUAUAUAAUUCCACUUUAACAUUAUGGGUUAUUGUGUGUGACACAAUCUCAAUUUAAUAGUUAAAUGUGGAAAAAGUAAAGGGAUGUGAAUACUUUCUGAAGGCACUGUGUGUGUGUGUGUGUGUGUGUGUGUGUGUGUGUGUGUGUGUGUGUGUGACUGCACACAGCGGACACAGACUUUUGACUCAGUCACAAAGACACACGCCGAUGAUAAAAAGCAGAGCUAGACUCUCAUCUUGCUGACAUAUUUGUCUUGUUGGGAUUUCCCAGUCAACCUAUUGGAUUGAGUUGCUCAAUACUGACAGCUCUGUCUGUAUCUCUAUUGCAGAGCUUUUAAAUAUCUCUAUUGCAUGUGUAUACUGCCAUUCCUCCUCCAAGCCCUUGGCAGCAUGUCUCGCAACUCACCCAAAGGGAUCCUCGGCAAUCAUUUAUUUUUCAUUACGAGGAAGUACAGGUAACUGCCACAAUAAAGGAAACACCAACAUAAAGUGUCUUAAUAGGGUGUUGGGCCACCAGAACAGCUUCAGUGCACUUUGGCAUAGAUUCUACAAGUGUCUGGAACUUUAUUGGAGGGAUGCGACACUAUUCUACCAUGUGAAAUUCCAUCAUUUGGUGUUUUGUUGGUGGUGGUGAACGCUGUCUCAGGCGCCACUACAGAAUCUCCCAUAUGUGUUCUUUAAACCCCCUAUGCUUUUUUCAGACCCUCUUUCAGUCUCUGAGAUUUGAUUAAUUUAGCAGAUGCUCCUUUUCAGAUCUCUUCUAGCCUUGGUAACCAAAAUAAUGGGUAACUGGGCAUUUUUAUACAUGACCCUGAGAAUGAUGUGAUGUUAAUUGCUUAAUUAACUCAGGAACCACACCUGUGUGGAAGCACCUGCUUUCAAUAGACUUUAUCCCUCAUUUACUCAAGUGUUUCCUUUUAUUUUGGGAGUUACCUGUAUAUGGAACACAAUGUCUGACCCCAGUUCUCCAAUUGUCCCUCUGUUCCCCAGGUCAUCACUGUUGUGGUUGUUGUCGUGUUUUAAUUCAUGGCCAUAUCCCCCCCCCCCGCCCCUUAGAAAUCAGACCGUGAUGCGUCAUUAAGGCUGAGGUCACUAAGCAGGUUACUGGGCAUGCUCUGUACUUAGGCAGUUUGAUGUUUGUGUGUUUUGUUUUGCUUUCACCAUCAACAACAACCCUAAAUGCUCCCCCAAUGUGUUCCAACAAUAGCCAAACCCAUACUGUCCUAGUCAUUGGCACUAGAUUCCGCGAAACCGAGCUCUCACACACACACACACACACACACACAUUUGUUUGUGUUUAACAUGUUACCCUCUGACUGCUCUCAGCCCCUUGUAUCAGACACAUGAGAGUGAUUAGUAAUUUAGAGGAAUCCAUGACUGUAUUCCCUCCAUGCUGCAUCCCCGUGGGAUAGAGAGCAAGAUUAGGGAGAGAGGAUGAGUGCAUGGCUGAGGUGGCCAACGGGCCUUUUCUCGGCACAAGCUCACUAAGGGGGAUUUUUCUGCUCUAUAUUUCUACAUUUGGACUCUGAGCUUAUUUACAAAUACUGUAGUUUUCCUUACACCACACACACACACACUAGUCAAUAUGCAAACAAGGGUUCUGAGGUACUUUUCUGUCCCUCUGCUGUUUGUCUUUUCUCCCUUCCUCUACUUUCUCUUGGUGACAGCAAUCAUACUUGCAGCACAGGUACAAACAGAACCAUCCAGUCAGUGGAAGCGUUACUAAUGAAAUAUUUAUUGAUUAACGAAGGCGAUCUUCAACGAUCAGAUCUUACCUGGAUUCAGCGGUUUUCUCACUUUUAACUCUGCAACAAACAACAAUCUGCAUUCUUUUUCUGUUUUUAAAUUUUCUUUCUCUCCAAAUAGACUAUUUUGCAGUGGCUUUUCUUUCAUUUGCUACUUACUGCAAUGAUUACAAUACAAUGCUGUAAAAAUGUUUUUGUGUAGAAUUAAAAAUGAAAUUGUUUUAUACUGUAGUUCUGGGCUAUGCCUGUCUUUUUGUUCCUGUUCUGGUUUGAGUUAUCAUGAUUGGGGUUGUUAUGAGUCUUAUUUCUGCAUCAAAUGUUUUUACUUCUAUAUGAAAACCUAAUCUCCCAGAGUUUGUCUUUGUCAUUUAUUGGUGUUUAUUUGAGGUUCAGGGUGUGGUAAAGGGUGUACAAAAUGUAUCUGAGAAUCAUAGACUAUUCGUUUUAUUUUCAAUCCUUUAAAAAAAUUGCUUCAGCCCGUUUCUGAAUCACUAUUGUCCAUGUUUAUCUCCCGAUCUAAUCUCUUUUCAAGAGGGAUGUGGUCUCUCUCUCUGGAAUAAGGAAAUAGCCAUCCCGUCCCAGUCUCCACUUGUUGUAAACUAGUCACCAAACACAUCUAAGAGAUUACUCUCGUCAUUGUUUCUUUCUCUUUCAAUUCUUGGCACUACAAACACAGAGCGCCUUCCCUCUCUGUCCAUCUCUCUCUUUUCCUCCUGCUUCAAAGGAUGGAGAGAAUUAUGUCUGUUUUAACGAGGAAACAGCCUUUGAAGAUUGUAAUUAUUAAAAGGACAGAGUUCAGCUCUCUGAAUGUUAGCAACCCUGGCUCUUUCAUUUGCUUUUAGUCACUCCCUCUCUCAUUCCCUUUGUCUUUUCUCUCUGUCACACACUUUUCUGCUUUUGUAUACCUUUUAAUGACAAGUAUUGAGUUGAUGAAAGUCCAUCUGAAAUUGUAUUGUUAGUUCAAAAGGAAAAAAAUAAACUACUGUCUAGCCAAAGA